GCCGGGCCAUGAAUGGGCUGCCCUCGGCCGAGGCGCCGGGUGGCGCUAGCUGCGCCCUAGCCGGGCUCCCUCCGCUGCCGCGCGGCCUCAGCGGUCUCCUCAACGCAAGCGGGGGCUCGUGGCGGGAGCUGGAGCGCGUCUACAGCCAGCGCAGCCGCAUCCACGACGAGCUGAGCCGCGCCGCCCGCGUCCCAGAUGGGCCCCGCUACGCUUCGGGCGCCACCAGCGCGGGACCCGCCGCCGGUCCCCCCGGUCCGCGUCGUCCUGUCAAUCUCGACUCAGCACUAGCAGCGCUGCGCAAGGAGAUGGUGGGGCUGCGGCAGCUGGACAUGUCCCUGCUGUGCCAGCUGUGGGGCUUGUACGAGUCAAUCCAAGACUAUAAGCACCUGUGCCAAGACUUGAGCCUGUGCCAGGACCUGUCAUCCUCCCUGCAUUCAGACAGCUCCUAUCCACCUGAUGCUGGCCUAUCUGAUGAUGAUGAACCUCCUGAUGCCAGCCUGCCCCCGGACCCGCCACCCCUCACUGUGCCCCAGACACACAAUGCCCGUGACCAGUGGCUGCAGGACGCCUUCCACAUCAGCCUCUGAAGAGCUGGGGGUGGGGGGAAUAUGCACCCAUGCAAAAGGCUCAGAAACUCACCCGUAGCAAGUACUCAGACUUCUAGUGCCUGCUUUCCCCCAUACCACCUCACUUGAUAGGAAGGCAAGGCUUGGGCCCCUCAGAGGCAAAAUUGCCAACCCUCUCUCUCCUGACUCUGGUUAGCUGGCACUGGGGCAGGCACCUGGCCUACAGCCUUUGCCUGUGGCACUGGACCUCCACUUCUGCCACACGUGUGCACCCCAGCUUGGCCAACCUUCAGUCUGGUGGUGGGGCCCAAAGCAUCUGGCACUCCCCUUAGCGUCUCUGGGAUUGGGAUGAGUGCCUGGUUCCCAUCACCUUUUCACCUUUGGCUGCUGCUGGCAGCUGCUGGCUCAGGGGCAUCCCACCUCUGGUCCCUGGGUUCCACUGCUCUAGACCAGGGCAUCCCCAUUCCUGCACCCACCCACGGCCAGGAGGGCCAAGGCUCCAUGCUGGAUAUUUAAGUUUAGGGGCCAGACUCCUGGGCACGGAGGUAAAUAAAUACUCUCUCAGCGUU